AUGAAGCUCCUUUUCUUCUCUCUGCCUCUCGCCUACGCCCUCAACAUCGUCUCGUCCAAUGACGAUGGCUGGGCUGAGAGCAAUGUCCGCGCCCUUCACAGCGCUUUGACCGAUGCCGGUCACACCGUGGUGCUUUCCGCGCCGGCCGAGAACAAGAGCGGUUCCGGGUCCAAGGACGAGGAUCCGACUGCUCUGACCGACCCCUGCCAAUACAACAGCUGCCCCGCCGGCAGCCCGGCCACGGGAUACAAUGAGUCGUCCCCGGAACUCAACUACGUCAACUCGUAUCCCGUCACCUCGAUGAACUACGGCAUCGACACUCUGGCCCCCAAAUUCUUCAAUGGCGCGCCCGACCUCGCCGUGUCGGGUCCCAACGUCGGUGCCAACCUCGGCAUCAGCGUCUUCUUCUCCGGCACCGUCGGCGCUGCCACUGCGGCCGUUAAGGCUGGAGUCCCAGCCCUCGCCUUCUCUGGCCGGUCGGGCUCCCCUACGGCGUGGAACGAAACCACCCCUGAAUCGAGCACUUUCUACGCAGACCUGGCCACCAACUUCACCGAGCGCGUCGUGGCCAACGGAGCACCGUACCUGCCGGACGGCACCUGGCUGAAUGUGAACUUUCCGAAGUUCGAGGACGGCUGCGACAGCGUCGGCGACGUCAAGUUCGUCUUGACGAGAAUCUUCACUGCUGUGCCGUUGGUCUCUGGUGACGAUGUGGAAACGUGUGGCAGUAACCGGCUUCCUACGGAGACGAAGGUCGUCCUGUCCGGAUGCUACGCUAGCGUGUCGGUUGGGCAGUCUAGUGACAAGAGGGAUGCCAAUGCGACGGUACAGGGAGAGGUGCUGGAGAGACUGGGCGGGUUGGAGUGUUUGGAGUAG